AACUAUGUCAACAUGGGUGGCAAGUUCUAGGCCCAAGUUCCAGCCAGCUUCAAGUGGCUGCUCUAAUAGCUGAGGGGACUGGCUGCUUUUAGGCGGCUCCCCUCAGACUCUGAGGGGAUGCCUAGCCCUAUUGUAGGGACGUGGCACGCCAAUGGUUUCUAUGGCAACUUCAGAAGCAGAUGCAGGAGUGACUACACCCAAGAGUAUCGUAAAGCAGCCCAGCCACAACCUCCUGAUCUCUUCCUGAAGAGAAUGAAGGAAACCCCUUCUAAGCACAUAUUCUCCAAGCAUGACAACAGGCAUGCCUUCCCAGGAUCAGCUACAUAUUUUGAAAGUGGCCUUGGAAGAAGGAGAAUAGAUGGGAGCCUUCCUAGCACCCAGAACUUAAUUGACUGGAUGCCCCUAAAGGAAGAGUUACAACGUGAGAGGCCCCUUGUUUCGAGCUAUCAAUCAGACUUCCGCUCCACAGAAAAGCCCCCCCAGCUGUUAGUUCAUCACGCCCACUUGGAAAAGCGGCCCCUCCAACGCACACCCAGCACUACCUAUCAGCACACAUACCGGAGCUACUACUUAUGUGAACCCAGCCUUAGGGUACUCAAAUCACACCAGCUGAUCAAAGAAGAUAAACCCAAAGAGCCAGAGUCUGCUCCCGCCACUUCCAGUGAGCCCACUGCUCCCAUCCAUAGCAAGUCUUCUGCUCCUGCCUCCAGUGAGCCCACUGCAACAGAUGCAAAUGCAACUGCAGAAGCUCUUGCUCCAGGACCUACCUAUGGGCACUCUGUGCCUUACAAGACACCCCGAUGGACUGUCUCAGACUGUUUGAACUGGAACAAUUGUUGAUCACAUGUGGUAUUUCCUCUGCCUGUGUCUGAGGAAAGUGAAAUGCUCCUUUGUACGAGGUUAAAAAUGGGAAAAAAUAAAAUCUUGCUGGCCUGCGCAAUGUCUGACAUACAGGAGUGA